AAAAAAAAAAGAGAGAAGAAAAAAUUUCGCCUCUGCUCUGCUGCCUCUGCGAGUCUAUAAUCUCUUCUAAUUUCUCUUCUCUUUGCAGCUUUCGCUAUUGAUAAAACUCCCUCCGUUGCUGAAGGUGACGUUGGAGUUGUGUUGUGGUAGUUUUGGAGUGGGAAAUGGCUGCAGUUAUGAAUGAAACAGCAGGAGUGGGAAGGUCUUUGGAAGGAGUAUCUAGUGCUCAGCAGCUUUAUCAGUCUGGUGAAGCACUGGCAGAAUGGAGGUCUUCUGAGCAAGUGGAGAAUGGAAUUCCCUCAACAUCACCACCUUAUUGGGACAGUGAUGAUGAAGAAGACAACGGUGGACCCAAGCCUUCUGAACUAUAUGGAAAAUAUACAUGGAAGAUUGAUAAGUUUUCACAAAUUAACAAGAGAGAACUUCGGAGUAAUGCAUUUGAGGUUGGCAGCUAUAAAUGGUAUAUUUUAAUUUACCCCCAGGGGUGUGAUGUCUGCAAUCAUCUCUCUCUGUUUCUUUGUGUGGCUAAUCAUGACAAGCUUCUUCCAGGAUGGAGUCAUUUUGCACAAUUCACGAUAGCAGUGGUGAAUAAAGAUCCAAAAAAGUCCAAAUAUUCAGAUACCUUACAUCGCUUCUGGAAGAAAGAACACGAUUGGGGCUGGAAAAAAUUUAUGGAACUGUCAAAAGUGCUGGAUGGGUUUAUUGAUGCUGACACAUUGAUAAUUAAAGCUCAAGUCCAAGUUAUAAGGGAGAGAGCUGAUCGUCCCUUUCGUUGUCUUGACCGUCACUACCGGCGAGAGCUUGUUAGGGUCUAUUUGACUAAUGUGGAGCAAAUCUGCCGCCGUUUUGUAGAAGAACGACGAAGCAAACUUGGAAAAUUGAUAGAGGAUAAAGCUAGAUGGUCAGGUUUCUGUGCUUUCUGGCUGGGGAUGGACCAAAGUUCCAGACGUCGCAUGUCAAAGGAGAAAAUGGAUGCAAUAUUGAAAGUUGUUGUAAAGCACUUCUUUGUAGAAAAAGAAGUCACAUCUACUUUGGUAAUGGACUCCUUGUACAGUGGGCUCAGGGCCCUAGAGGGUCAGUAUAAGGGCAAGAAAGGUAAGGGCAAAUAUAUAGAUUCAGAGGAACAACCAGCGCCUAUAGUACGCAUGGAAAAAGACAUGUUUAUCUUGGUGGAUGAUGUGCUUCUAUUACUUGAGAGGGCUUCCCUGGAGCCACUGCCUCCUAAGGAUGAGAAAGGUCCUCAGAACCGUACCAAGGAUGGAGCUUCUGGAGAGGAUUUCAACAAAGACUCCAUUGAGCGUGAUGAAAGACGCCUUACUGAACUGGGUCGUAGGACCAUUGAAAUAUUUGUCCUAGCACAUAUUUUCAGUAAAAUUGAGAUUGCUUAUCAAGAAGCUGUUGCUUUAAAAAGGCAAGAGGAACUCAUUCGUGAGGAGGAGGCGGCAUGGAUGGCUGAGACUGAGCUCAAAACAAAACGUGGAGCAUCUGAAAAGGAGAAAAAAUCAAAGAAAAAGCAGGGCAAACAGAAACGCAACAAUCGCAAAGUAAAGGAUAAACUGAGGGAUGAAAAGCCUGGUGUCUUGUGGCAAGACAAGCCUGAAGAGGAGCCAUUAAAUGGUGAGGGGAAGGACUAUUUCACUGAGGAGCCAGAAAGUAUACCUGAAAAACCUGAUAUAUUAGAAGAAGUUUCAGACAUCUCUGAUUCAGUAGACUGUGUUCCAGAAGUACUUAAUCGUGAAUCAGAAGACAGAGAUGUGAGCCCUGUCAAUUGGGAUACUGACACGUUGGAAAAUCCUCCUGUAGAAAGCAGCUGCAGUGAGUUAAGUGGCUUUGCAUCUGCGCAAAAUGGAGUGGCUGGGAGGAGAAGCCUUUCUGCAAUGGAUGAUAGUUCAUCAACAUGCUCAACAGACUCAGCUCCCUCCGUUAUGAAUGGGCAUUAUGGAGGAAAUGCUUCAGAUCAUAAAAACCAAAUAUCAUCUGGCAGAGAGAAGAACCAUCGAGCCAAAUCAGCUUGUAAUACAGCUAGGGCGAAUGAAAUGCAAAGUCGGCAAUUAGACAGUGUUUCUAAUGUAGCCAUACUGAGUGAUACAAGUGGGAGUUGCAAGGCAAUACCUGAAUCUCAGGCUACUUCUCUUUCCUCAUCUGAGCAGCAUGUUGUGAAGAAGGAAAAAGUCAUUUCUCAGGAAAGAAAGCUCGAUAUAACUGAUGUGGAGGGACCCUCAAUGAACAAGACAAGUGUGCUGUCUCCUCCCAGGAGUCCUCCCAAGGAAGUCGUGUCAACACUUCAGUCAAAGUCAAAGAUCCCGCCUUCUACUGUUUCUGUUACAGUCAAAAACCCAUCUCCAGAUAUCCCCAAGCUGACCGAUAAAUUAGCCAAAUCAGCAAUACACCCGGAAAGUGUAGUAGUAAAAACAGAUAGUAAUAGAUCUCUUGAUGCACAAGUUAUCAAAAAAUCUUCUUCUACCCAGCAAGUUCCUAUUGCAGCAGAUGGGCCCUCAGCACAUCAAGUUCCUACCACCAGUGACCUGUCCUCUUCACAAAUGCCUGCCACCACAAGGUCCUUGAGUGCUCCAAUAGUUACUGGACCUAGGCCAGCCGCUCCUGUUGUCUCCAAUGUUCAGACAUCACUGCACCUGACGCGUUCAGUGAGUGCAACUGGCCGCUUGGGUCCUGAACCUUCACCAGCAACACACAGUUAUCUUCCUCAAUCCUAUCGAAAUGCAAUGAUGGGUGCUCCAGUAACUGGUAGUUUGGGUGGUUUUAGUCAACCUCAUUCCCCUAGUUCAACAAACUCCUCGCACUCGUACUCUGAACCACCUGCUAUGAUUUCCAGGCCAGUGUUCCUGCCACAGGGGCCAAAAAGAACAGAACCAAGCUCAAUUAGACCAAGCUUUUCAUAUGAAAUGGUGAAUCAUGAUUUGUUACAGAAUGGAUCCCAGUGGAUGGAUGGCUCACAAAGGGAUGGUAGGAGUGCAACCCAUGAUGGUCCUUCUGUAAUAGAUAGCAUUCGGAAUUUUGACAUGUACAAGCCAUCAAACAGUCAAACCCAUGAUCUUUCAGCUCAGUCUCUAGCAGGCACAUCUGGACGUCCGUCCCAGAGUGUACUGGCAGAUGAAUUUCCUCAUCUUGACAUUAUUAAUGACCUGCUGGAUGAUGAUCUUGGAAUUGGGAUGGCUUCUGGACUGGAUCCAAGCUUUCAAAGUUUUAACAAUGGUCCUCACCAUCAUCUAGCUCGGCAUUUCACCUUCCCAGGUGAUGUUGGUUCAGCUGACCUAGGUCCAUCUACGAGCUCUUGUAGGUUAGAGCGGACACUGAGCUAUCAUGAUAACGGGUUCCUACAUAGGUAUCCAGGAGGAGGCCAUUUUGAUACUGGUAGAGAUAUGAUUACGCAGCAGCCUAGUCCACAAAGUUUUGUGAAUGGGCAGAUGGAUGGAAUAAUUCCUAGCCAAUGGCAAAUGGUUGCUUCUGAUGCAUCUUACCUUGGAAUGAGGAGUGCUGAUAGUGAUGUUGGGUACCCAUAUCAUGUCCCUGAUUAUUCAAACAUGGCAAGUGGUUUCAAUGGCUAUACAAUGUUCCGGCCUUCAAAUGGGCUGUGAAGGAGGACGAGGUUUGGGUAGGAAUGAAUAUAUGGGGUGGUGUCCCCCCUACUGUGAUAAGGAAUGCUUUGGUCUUUAGAUUUGGAGUGAAGUGUCACCCUAAAAAGGUAAGGCAACAUUUUGUAAAGAGUGAUUUUGCGUUUCAUGUUUACAACAAAACUUUUAGGUUUUAAAAACGCUAUCGCCCCCCAUAUUGGGGAUUUGAUGUUUGCGAAGUUGAUGCUACAUCUGCUUGUCUUGCUUCUUUUCACCAAAUAAGAGCAAAUGAGUCUAACCUUUUUUAUUUUC